AUGGACCGAGACAUUCGCGACGCCCUCGAGCAUGCCCGAGAUGUGAUUGAGGGCCGGAGCCGCAAGAAGAGCUCGGUUUGGCUGAACGAGCCGCAUCUCAUUCACGAGACGUCGUCAGUUCAAAUGAAAAAUGGGCCAAGCGCGGCGAACCACGAUGUGCCAUGCGAGGUGACAGUUAGUCGCACUACCGUCGUGUCGCAGCCGAACAGUGAGGACGAGGAUUUUGGGUCAAUCUCGGAUUCUGACGUCUACCGGUCACGCACACACUCGAUACGGGCAAGGCUUUCUGCCGGAAGUGAUGACGAGGGGCCCAGGAUGACCAAAUUGACGUAUCGACGAAAGCGCGGUGGCGACUGGAAGAAGGUGGGAGCUGCUGAAAUCAAGAAAGAAGCAGCGGCUGAUGAGGAUGAGCUGGAAGUCAACGUCAAGGAGGAGCUGUCCGGAGCGGCUGGUCACGUUAUUACAACGACAUAUGACGUGAAAUGGACCGUCAUGCACUUUGAGCACUUGCCCUCGUGGCUUCAGGAUAACGAGUUUUUGCGACACGGUCAUCGUCCACCACUGCCAUCGUUUGCCGAGUGUUUCAAGAGCAUCUGGAGUCUGCACACCGAGACCGGCAACAUUUGGACCCAUUUGCUAGGAUGCGUCGCCUUCUUCUUGCUCGCCGUCUGGUUCCUGACGCGCCCAGAAAAUCACAUUCAGCUCCAGGAAAAGGUCGUGUUCUCGUUCUUCUUCGUGGGCGCCAUCCUGUGUCUCGGCCUCUCCUUCGCCUUCCACACGCUGUCCUGCCAUUCCGUUGGCGUUGUGAAAAUCUUUUGCAAGCUUGACUACAUGGGUAUCUCACUGCUCAUCAUCGGGUCGUUCAUCCCCUGGAUCUACUACGGGUUCUACUGUCGACGGGAGCCAAAAAUUACGUAUAUAGCAAUGGUCUGCAUUCUCGGCGCGGCCGCGAUCACGGUUUCGAUGUGGGACAAAUUCUCCGAGUCUCGCUUCCGGCCGCUGCGAGCUGGCGUGUUCGUGGCCAUGGGAUGCUCCGGCGUCGUGCCCACGGUGCACUACAUCAUCACGGACGGCGUGCAUUCACUGUUCAACGAGAACUCGUUCCACUGGCUGCUGCUCAUGGCGGCGCUGUACCUGAUCGGGGCCGGGCUGUACGCCACGCGCACCCCCGAGCGUUUCUUCCCCGGAAAAUGUGAUAUUUGGUUCCAAUCCCACCAGCUGUUCCACACUUGCGUCGUGAUUGCGGCCUUCGUUCACUACUACGGGAUAUCCGAGAUGGCGAUGGCUCGGCUGAAUCAGAAGUGCCCCGCCGAACUCGACGCCACCGACGCCAACCCGUUCAUCCACCCCGAGCUG